AUGUUGUUGGAAUCGCACAAUCUGGACACGGUGGUGGGCAUAGUCGUUGCUCUCGUUACUGUUGGUGCAGCCACUGCCUAUUACUUCUACAUCAAUAACAAACCCAGAGGUUGCUUGGACCCUGAAAAUUUUAAGGAAUUCAAGCUUGUCAAGCGUACUCAGCUCAGCCAUAAUGUGGCCAAGUUUAGAUUUGCCCUACCAACACCAACAUCAGUGUUGGGGCUUCCAAUUGGACAGCAUAUUAGUUGCAGAGGAAAGGAUAGUCAGGGUGAAGAAGUUAUCAAACCAUACACUCCAACAACUUUAGAUUCAGAUGUUGGAUAUUUUGAACUAGUUAUAAAGAUGUAUCCCCAAGGAAGGAUGUCCCACCAUUUUCGGGAGAUGCGCGAAGGUGAUUAUCUGGCUGUGAAGGGGCCCAAGGGGCGAUUCAAGUAUCAACCUGGCCAAGUUAGGGCUUUUGGGAUGCUUGCUGGAGGUAGUGGUAUUACUCCUAUGUUCCAGGUUACUAGAGCCAUACUAGAAAACCCGAGUGACAAAACCAAUGUGCAUCUUAUUUAUGCCAACGUCACAUAUGAAGACAUUCUUUUGAAGGUGGUGGAGGCAACCUUAAGUAUCAUAGGAAUUAUAUUCAUGUAUACAUUAUACAGAGGAAUAUAUUGGAAAAUUUGUGAAGAGCUAGAUAGUUUUGCCAGUAAAUUUCCCAACCGCUUUACUGUUUAUUAUGUCCUGAAUCAGCCACCAGAAGGAUGGGUUGGUGGAGUAGGGUUUGUAUCCAAGGAGAUGAUUCAAGCACAUUGCCCCUCACCUGCGCCUGAUGUUAAAAUACUGAGGUGUGGUCCACCACCCAUGAACAAAGCGAUGGCUGCUCACGUUGAUGCUCUUGGAUACACUUCCGAGAUGCAGUUCCAGUUCUAA